AUGUCAGCAGUUUCGUCACAUGAAGGCGUGUCUCCUCUACAAAAUGAGCAACUUUCUGCGCCAACUGACCCAAUACAAGCCGAGAAAUCUACUGCAGACCAGCUGCUUAUUGACACCAAUGCACUACUAUCAAAACUAGGCUUCAGUGACCGCGCAUUCGCCAACGUCGCCGAUCUCGUAGCCAGUGUAUCAUCCAUGAGCGUUGCACUGUACGAGAAGCUCUUCCAGUUCCGUCUACGCGACGUGGAGCGCGUGCCACGGACUCUACAAGACUACGAGCACAAUGCCCAGGUGGUUGCAGACGCGCUACGGGGCGCUCUAUUGGGGCAAGGCAACGACGACGACGCGGUAAAUGCACUAGCAGGAGAAAAACUCUGUGCUGGGGACUUUGGCAGCAUCCGUCGGCUGCUGACGAUGCUGGAACAGGUGUAUACACUACUCUUCGAGGAGAGUCAGGAGGUCGGGGAGAGGCUCCGAGACGCAAGUCUCGCCAGUCUCGGGAUGUCUGCAACGGAAGUACAGAAGACCGUCUCAAAACGACGAAUUCCACCGAAAUUUGCCAAGAAACAGAGGAAGGAGGGUGCGCCGAAGAGCGACCCGGGGACGACGUCACGGGAGAAGCGAAGGACUAAGGAGACCAAAUCAAGAAGUGCGUCACAGUCGAGAGUGAGCCAGAAACAGGAGGAAGUUCGUGUUGGACGUGCUGUAAGUGCUGGGGAGCUAAGGAAAACUUCGGUGAGUGGGAAGGGUAGAGCGGAUGUGAUCGCGGAGAACAAUAAAAAGCGCUCUCGACUGCUGGAUCAAUUUUUCAAGGCGAAUAGUAGCAGAGCGGAGAAUGCAGCUAAAAAGGCGGUCAGUAGGAGAGCAGGAGUUUCAAUGAAGACGGUGACCGGGCGAAAGCAACGGAAGGACGAUAAAGAGCUGCUGGAAACAAAACCGUACGGACGCUUUGUCACAGUAGGCAGUACCAGUUCGGACGAAGAUAAACCUCAAGAAAACGCAAACAGGAACGAAGUCUCCGAUAAGCAGGGCGUGUUCUUUGAAGGUGUGUCUUCAGUGCAACACAACAGCGACGAGAGCAUGCAUUUUAUGGAGGACGAAGGAGUUUUCGCGCAGAAUUUCUCGUCGAUUAGUAUUGACGAUGAACCCGAGCAGAAAGAUCAAGAACCAACUGACGACCGUGAAAAUACCCAACCAAACGAGAACACAGCAUCUGAGAAGCCUGUGACUCCCCGAAAGAGCGCUAACCAUCAGGAAGCGGAAGAGAACGAUGAACUGACGUCCAGCCCGGUCAAGAAAAAAGUUGCACGCAAUGAGCCUCACGCUCCAGACCGGCCGUCUUCACGAACACGACGCGACCCAUCCAAGUCCCUUUAUCCUCUACUACCGAAGACUAGACACCAUACUGCAACGUCAAAGGUUCAAGCGCAGUACUUGCGCUACAAGCUCUCGUUGAAGAACCAUUUACAGGAAUUACGUCAGCGAGAAGCUUCUCAACGCCAGCACUUGGAACGGGCGUUCAAAUCUGGAGAGCACAUGGCGAACGUCGACAAGAUCCGGUCUCGUCGAUUCGAGCAAGACGUGCGUUUACAUCGCAUCGCCAUCGGUUUGGAAGCCAAGAACGAAGAGGAGAAACAGCUACGUCAAGCGAUGAAUCACUUGCUGGAUCUGGAGAAGGAGAAGCUUCGAGAAGAACAUCGAUUGACGACAUCAAUGCUCAAACAAAUUCAGAAGGAACACUCGGAACGAGAACAAGCAAUGGAGAAUUUCUACGCGAAUCAGAUUCAACUCGUUAAGGAGCAGACUCGACGUGAAGUUAAGGAGCGAGAACUUGUGGAAAAAGCUCAGCGCUCAGCGUCCGAGAAGAUGAUGCGUGAGCUUCGUCAUGAACGCGAGAACCAACUAACAGCUCUACUUCAGGAGAAACAGCACUUGGAGGAAACUCGGAGAUUUCGGCACGCUUCACAAAUGGCACAUUUGUUAGAAAAAACUGAAGAGCGUUCGGUGAAGAGAACCGAUGCAUUUUACACUGCAGCCAUGAAGGCACGUGAACGACACACUGUCAAGAAGCAGAAUACUCAACGACGAACCAGUCUCGACCCGUAUCGAGUUACUUCAAUGCCGCUAAGGAGAUCUACAACAAGGUUCUCGAAAAGUACCGUAAGAUAAUGCCAAUUUUACGGUUGCCAUUCAAAACUUACAGCUAGCAGGUCCGCUGCAUGAAUAACUCCC